GUAGAAGCACAGAAAUACAACACAACUUAGAACUCUAAGCUAAGUAAAGUCCACUGGUGUCCACUAUUACCAAUCGGCAUUAGAAUCUAUAUAGCACCCCAACUAGUGCGAAAAUAUUCAUCAAUCAUGAUAGUACAAUCUUUACGGUCCGCAUAAUCCAUGAUAAAUAAUGGUGGAGAGGUGCGCACGCGCAUUGUGGGACACAGACGCAAUGGGUACAGCUCUGAAAGCGGCCGCGAUCGCGGUGGCCGCGCUGGCCGUCGUGGGAGGCAUCGCAAUCGGUAUAACAUUCGCGGUGCUGUCUACGCAGACGACUGCGCCGGCGCCGCCUGAACUUCUGCCCCUCGACUGGUGGAAACACUGCGUACUUUACCAAAUCUACCCAAGAUCUUUUAAGGACAGCGAUGGAGAUGGAAUCGGUGAUUUGAAAGGAAUUAUCAGUGAGUUGGAACAUUUCGUGGACGCCGGUGUUGAUGCUAUUUGGAUGUCACCGAUCUUUGAAUCGCCAAUGGUCGAUUUCGGAUACGAUAUAAGCAAUUUUUAUAAAAUCCACUACGAAUAUGGAACCAUGGAAGAUUUUGAGGAAUUACUUAAAAAAGCUCAUGAGUUAGGUAUAAAAGUAUUGUUGGAUUUUGUUCCCAAUCAUGCGAGCACUGAAUCAGAGUAUUUCAUCAAUUCUGAGAAGAAAGUGCCUGGAUAUGAAGAUUAUUUCGUAUGGGCUGACUCGCCGGGACCGGAUCCUAACAAUGCCAGUGUUAUGCGCCCACCUUCCAAUUGGGUUAGCCAGUUCGGAGGAUCUGCAUGGGAAUGGAGCGAGGCACGUCAACAGUUCUACCUCCACCAGUUUGCUAUCCAACAAGCCGACUUCAACUUUAGGAAUCCUGUGGUCAGACAAGAAAUGUUCAACAUCAUGGAAUUCUGGCUGGACAAAGGCGCUGACGGAUUCAGGGUCGAUGCUCUGCCAUACCUUAUAGAAGCCGACCCCGCCGACCACAACGGCAGCUACCCCGAUGACCCACUAAGUGGUAUAAUUCAUUUCGAACCGCACCAGUUGGGCUACACGAUCCCAAUCUACACCAAAGACCUGAUUGAGCUGUAUGAUGUCGUUUAUGAAUGGAGAGAAUUCAUCGACAAAUAUCUCGAGGACAAUCCUGGCGUUACUAGAGUGCUGUUCUCAGAAGGUUACGCAAAUGUAACAAUGACAAUGUUGUACUACGGGAACGAAGAGGGCGCUAUCGGCGCGCACUUUCCCUUCAACUUCGACUUCAUCACGGACCUAUCAGCGAGAUCAAAUGCCAGAGACUUUGUGUAUAUCAUUCUUAGAUGGCUGACAUACAUGCCCUAUGGUGGUGUGCCAAACUGGGUGUUUGGCAACCACGAUAACAACCGGAUGCCGACUCGAUUCCGCCACAACAUGGUAGACGGCCUGAAUUCCCUCAAUAUGCUGCUCCCCGGUGUAGCAGUUACGUAUCAAGGCGAAGAGAUAGGGAUGAGGGACGGUUACGUCAGCUGGGAGGACACUGUUGAUGUAGAGGCCUGCAACAGAGGAGACGAAGACACCUACCAUCUUUACUCCAGAGAUCCUGCUAGAACCCCAUACCACUGGAACAACGGUACGAACGCCGGAUUCUCAACGGGGGAGAGAACGUGGCUACCAGUUGCCGAAGAUUUCAAAGAAAUCAAUCUAGCGAAACAAAAAGAAGAUGCUCGAAGUCAUUUUAAGGUAUACCAAGCUCUGACAGCUCUGCGCAAGGAGAAGACCCUGGCGUACGGCGAGUAUGACAUUAGAGCCCUAUCAGACAGCACGCUGUACUUAGUGAGGAGCCUGCCUACACACCACACUUUUGUCUUGCUGUUUAACGUGGCUGACGCGGCUGACACAGUGCGAUUGGACCGUGUACCGCAUCUCAAGCUUCCUGCGACUGUAUCUGUAUCUAGUAUACAUUCGAACAGACUUGUCGGGGAUACUAUAUCGGGCGAGGAGGUGACGCUGCAAGCGGGAGAGGCGCUCGUGUUGAGAUCAGACCCAGUUUAAUAAGCGCCUUUACGUUUGGUCAUAGUGAAUGUUGUACAUAUGAUGUAAAAUGAUUUAUUUAUAAUUUUUUAUAAGUGAUAAUUUAAUCUUAAUGUUGAUAUGUGAAAAAUAGUAUUAUCAUAAUAAACCGCUUUUUUAAU